CCCUCAGGUUGUUCGUCAGUCAGAAAACCUGUGAUGAGAGUUUUAAUAAUGGCGUGGCCGUGGCGGGGGGCAGCUGCUCUCGCCGCGAGUCCAGAACAAGAAAACCACCAGUAAACAUUCGGAGUUGGAGCUCUUCGGUAGUUUGAAAAGUAAUUUGACGGUUAAAAUGAUACCGGAGGGAGUAAAUCUCCGCUGACAGCCUGCUCUACAAACUGUAAAACUACUGGACUGUCGCUGGAAGCGCUUUGCCAUGUCGUUACUGUGUGUCAGAGUGAAAAAAGCCAAGCUCCAUGGACUUCCAGACAAGUUCAACACCUACGUGACGCUGAAGGUGCAGAAUGUCAAAAGCACAACUAUCACGGUGCGGGGGAGCCAGCCCUGCUGGGAACAGGAUUUCAUGUUUGAGAUCAACCGGCUGGACCUCGGCCUCAUUGUUGAGGUGUGGAACAAAGGCCUCAUCUGGGACACCAUGGUGGGGACGGCCUGGAUUCCUCUGAAGAGUAUCCAACAAUCAGAGGAGGAGGGCUCUGGUGACUGGAUCUCUCUGCAUGCAGAAGUUCUGAUGAAAGCGGAUGAGAUAUAUGGCACCAAGAACCCAACGCCUCAUCAAAUCCUGCUGGACACUCGCUUCGAGCUGCCUUUUGACAUCCCAGAUGAUGAGGCACAGUACUGGACAGGCAAGCUGGAACGCAUCAAUACCAUGCGAAUCCACGAUGAGUACCCUCUUCAGGAGGACGUUCAGAGUCGCCCACUGCCAUUUGCCGCCUCCCAGUGCUGCAACUAUUUCGGAUGGGCUGACCCACUGACUCUGGAUGACCAGGACAGUGCUGUCGACGACCGGGAUAGUGACUACCGCAGUGAGACGAGUAACAGUCUGCCUCCGCGUUACCACACAACUGCUCAGCCCAACUCCUCCCUGCACCAGUAUCCCAUGGGGCCUCGGCAGCAGCAGACGCACCACCCAGACUCCUGCACAGACUCUGUCCACAGUUUGGACCUGGACUACAGGGACCAGAGAGGAACCAGAUCAUUAAACCAGAAAGGAAGAGUCAAAAUUAUACCUGUAGAUUAUGGCAUGGGCGUUGAAGAUUGGGAAAACAAAUACAAAGGGCAGGGCAAGCCCCAGCUGAGUGCCUUCUUGGAUGAUGAGGAAGACAAUGUUAUCCUUCGAAUGGGAAUACCCUACCCUGAGCCAUCUCACUCCUCUAUAUGUCUACAUUCUCAACGCACUGGUUUUCAGCCUGCCACCUACCCUGAGGGCUAUGAAACUAUUGAUCGGCGGCGUAAGAAAAAGAUAAGGGACCCAGGAGGGUUGCUUAGUAUAAAGGCAGACAGAAUGAGAGAAGAGGCUUUUCCUUCUGACCUUGAACUGCUCCGUGAGAAGAGAGGGGAGCUGUUUAUGCGGCAGGUAGUUGAGAUGCAGCAUGAGGAGGAGCAUAUGACAUCGUGCCUCAGGCCAUACCAGAACAGGCUUCUCUACAAGACAAGGAUGUGGGCAAAAAAUGAGCUAGACAACACUUUGGAGAAUUACGUGGCAUACAAAAAAGAGCAAGAUGCUAGAAUGAGGGCACGGUUUGAUUUUGAUUUAGAGAGCUCUGACGAUCUGCACUUCUCUAUAGGAGCAGAUGAGGAUAUUGAUGAUAUCGCCUUUACACCAGAAGACUUUCACCCAGAGAAAGCAAGACAUUACAAAGACAGGUUUUCUGUAUCCUGUGAUACAGAAAAUUCUCAGGGUCCUCGAGAGAAGAAGUAUGGAAAAGCUAAACUUGGAGGAUGGGCUCCGGAGGCAAUGCUCUCUCCUGUAGAGGAACCAAUUGAUGAGUAUGUAGACCCCAUGGAUGAGCUCCAGUGUCUAGUUGAAACAGUUUCUGAAUACCUUGCUGAAAAAGAGGAGGAAAUUAGCAAGUAUGGUUCCCUUCCUAAAUCAAGCAAAUCUAGGCUAUCAUCUCUGGGUAGCUAUAGAACUGAUUCUUUUGGAGAAGACCAAAAUAGUUCAUCAAAGGAUCCUAGAGGAGAACCCCAAUCAAACACUCCUUCAGAUCAGGGCAUUUUAGGAGUAAAAAUUGCCAUGAGCUCAUUAUUUAGUUCUCUCACUGACAGAGUUGGAGGUGGCACCAAACAGCCUGUCUCAUCUCCCCAAGCACCAUCUACACAACCCUCCAACCAAGCUGGACUAUCAAAACUGCUGUCCUUUAUUCCUAAAUCAAAUAGCUCAGCUCCUGUAGCUGUUAUAUCCCCUGUAGAAAGUUAUCAUGAAAAAUCAUUCAGUUCUUCUUUGCCUUCUCAGCCACCACAAGUUGCCAAGACCCAAGGUCAUCAUCAAGAAACAAACACUCAAACAAGUACAAAGGAAGAUGCACUCAAGUUUGUAACGAACCCUCACGGUGCUCCAGGAAACUCAGUCUUGGGAAAAUUGAAUCCUUUAAAGCUUUUUUCAGCAGGGAAUAAUGGAAACUCAACUGAACAGGCACCACAGUCAACAUAUUCUCAAGGCCAUACACAGUGGCAUGGGAAAUAUGGUAAUCAAAGCAAAGAGUCAAUGACAGCAGAAGGAGAAGACAAAUCCGAAAAAUUAAGAAGUUCCUUGCAAGUGAAAAAUUGGAAACAAACACAAGAUGAAAAUUUACAUGGCGGAACAAAUCAAAUUAUUUACAAACAAGAAAAUGUGCCUAUUCCAGCAAGGUCGACCGGCCAAGCACAAUCGGCAACUGGAUUCUUUAGCCCUUUCAAGAGAUCAUUGAGUUCAUUGAUCACACCUGAUGUCCCCAUUCCACCCCAGAGAGCUCCACCUGUGGCCGUUUAUCCAGUUUUUAGGUCAACAGAGGAUCCCCAACUAAAGAGACCUGUGGAGGACCCAUUAUUGAGCAGUAAGCUAAAACUUCCUUUUGUUUCCUCUGAAAAUGUCUCCAGUCAGCAACAUCCCAAGGCAGAGGGAGGCAUGCUCUCUGGAUUCCUAAAGUUUGCAUCCAGUGAAGAUGUUGUCGCCUCCUUGAAGACAGACAAUCCUGUGCAAUCGCAUCAUCAUUCAACUUCAGCACCCUCCACUACUUUAACACAGAAUUCUACCGUGCCCCAGGACACUGAGAAAGGAUGGUUUUCCAGCAUUUUUAACCCUACCUCAGUUGCCUCUGUCUUGAACCAGAAUUUAACUAGUGAUCAGCAAUGUCAGAACAACAAAGUGCCAUGUGGCUCACAUGCAGGACACAUGUCAAAUCAGAAACCAAUAGCUACCCCUCAUGGAACGCAGCAUCAAGCUCCCAAUCAGCCUGAAUCACAACAUUUUUUGACAGGUCUUUUCAAAGGGAGCUCAGCUGAGGACAUGGGCCAUAAUCAACCCAAACAAGUAGGACUGCUAUCAGGACUUCUUAAAUUUGGCUCUACCAGUGACCUAUCUGGCAAUUUGCCACAGCAGGCUUCCCAUAACAAUCCACCACUCAGGAGCAGUAAUCCCCCACCGUUUCCUAAUGACAUUCCCCCACAACAAAGUUCUUCCAUACCACGGAUUGGAGGCCUUGUCUCGGGGCUAUUGAAGUUUUCAUCAACAGAAAAUAUAGCACAAAACCUACAGCCUUCUGAAGCUGCAAAACAGGGGAACAUCCUUGGAAAUCACUCAUGUCAGCAGCAGACUUCAGAUGAAACCCAGCAAACACAAUCGCAACAAAAGGGGCUGUUGUCUGGCUUGUUUAAAUUUGCAUCCUCUGAGAAUGUUUCAAGCAGCCAAACAUUGCAGCACCAACAAAGCAGUGUUCAACAUAAUCAAGAGGCUCUCAACCAACAGAAUAGUCAAAAUCCAAACCUAGGGCCUCAUCUCAAGAAUAGAGCAUCAAGUCAGCAAGUUGUACAACAGGAGAGAAGUAAACCAGGCUUUACUCAACAACAAACUGUUCCACUCCAGCAACCAAAGUCCCAACAAAGUGGUCCUUUAUCUGGUCUUUUUAAAUUUGCUUCGGCCGACAACAUAAAGGCACAAGAACAUACAUCAGCUCAACAGCAUGGAACUAUGCCAAGUAAAUAUAACCAUGAGCAACCAUGGGCAAGUAAUAUACCUGUGUCCAACCAAAACCAACCACAAAACAGCUCAACACAAAAAACAACUCAAGCAAGUCUGCUUUCUGGAAUAUUCAAAUCCUCCUCAGAAAAUAUGGCUCAACAGCAGCAGCCCAAAAGCAUUUAUGAGACACAACAACAAAUCAAAGUGCCAAGCAGCCAGACUGCUGAAACACAGGUGGAGACAGCAAGUCAAUCUGGAGUGCUCUCAGGGUUGUUUAACAAGUUAACUAAAUCAUCUGAAAACGUUACCUCAACCUGUCAGAUAUCAACAGGACAAUCACUACAUCAAAAAGCCAAUAAUUACACAGACACUAUGACAACCCCACUACAAAAACACACUAAUGUAACACAACAAUUCUCACAAGAACAUGCAGAGAAAGAGGAAAGAAAGAGGAAUCUGCGACCUGCCCAGCAAGGAUUUUUAUCUGGACUGUUUAGCAAAAAUGUAACUGAGGACCCUUGUACUCCUAAACAACUAGAAACAUCUGGUCAGAUUACAGCGCAGAAACCCUCAAAUAGGUUCACAGAGUUACAUUCAGGCACAUUAAAAUGUGCUUCCUCAGACUUAGGAAGGGACAGCUGUCAAAGAGUGGUCCAAUAUUCUUCCAGUCCAGGACAAAGCCGAUGCGCUUUAAUCAGCGCACCUGUCUCAAUGAAUACAGAGAGUUUAGACUUAAGAACAUCAGUCACUUUUGUAAGAUCUCUUCAGAAUCAAGCAACAUAUUCCUCAAUUAGCACAGGUAAUGUAUCUCAGUUAAAUUAUUCUGGCUCACUUCAGUCAGUGCCCGCAAUGUCUUAUAGUACAGGGAAUAUCCAUUCCCUUUUGCAAAGUCAUACACCUUUCUCAGCAAUCAACAUGCAGCCAUUCAUUGGUGGAAGCACUUCAUCCUUGUAUGGAGCAACAGAGCAAAACCUUUACCAUGGUCAGUUGUCCCCUUACGGAACUAGUCCCUCCUAUGAUGAAAACCAGUGGAUUCGUGAAAGUGCUCUCUGGCAGCAGUUUCAAAAUGAGUCACUGAAUUAUCAAUUCCAAGCAGAGGAUCAAGUGUAUAGACAGAGCUGGGAAGGUGUGUCAUUACAGGCAUCUGUUUUUCCUUGCAGCUCCUCAAAUACAUAUCAGCCAAUUAACUCUUCCACACCAUGGCAAGGUGUUGUUUGCCAGGAGAAAAUUCAACCAUAUCCGUUUGAGGGACAUAGGAAUGAUGAUUCGUAUCCAAAGAAAAAAUUAUGGAACAGCCAUGGAGACUUGGGAAACAUAACAUAUUCACAUAAUGAGGAGGGUGCAUUGAACUUAACCAAUAAACAGAGUAAUGCAAAGUUUGGGAAAUGGCACUCGUUUAAUGAUGGCAGCACUUACAGCUUGAAUGGUGUUUCAUAUCAUGAAGGUUAUUAUGAGGAGACUGCGCCAACAUUAUCUUAUGCGGCUAAUUGGCAACAUGGAAUGGAUAAAGCAGUCUUACAAACUUUCCAUACAGAUGGCAUGUUGCAUCAGAGUCAGUUUAAUUUUAACAGACCAAUAGAUUCAAGCUGUCCCCUGAUUCCUAAAACUGAGACGGAAGAAUCUCUGUACCUGGAAGACACUGAGUGGUAUCAGCAGUGGCUUGCCCUUUUGGAGCAAGGUAUGUGGUGGCCAGCAGAAUAUGGUGACUGUGGCUACUUUGUUUACACAGAUCAUGAGUACAUUUAUGCCUUGCUUACAGAUGCAGCAGGUGAAUAUGUGUAUGCUUGUGCCCCUGAAGACGAGUCUUGGGGAAAUGCACAGAAAUUAGAUGGUUUUCCCAGUGCUUGGCUAAACAGUGAAAUGGUUUCAGUGUGUGGCUUUAAAAUUCCACUUUACAAUGAGGACGAGCUUCUUUGGCUACCUGGUCAAGAUCACAAUGAUUCACAGCUUCUUAAUGCCCCUCUAGAUUUGUCUGCUGCCUAUAGAAAAGGAAAUCAGAUCAUGAAUUUAAAUCUUGAGCAGUUUUCACAAAUGUAUGAAAAUUCAUUUCUGUCACAAGGGCAACAAGGUGUAGAUUUCUCAUCUUACAGAUUGAAUAAAGUCAGAAUAGAUCCAAGACAGCACAGUUAUGUCAAUGAAGACCACUGCAAAGAUGUUCUUGACCUUUCCUGUCGUAACAAAGACACCACCGCCCCUUAUUGGACAAACCAGGAUAUGAAGACGUUUCUUGCCCAAAAGGUUGCUGUUUCCCUAAACGCUUCGGGCACAAAUUCCAAUCAGCAGUUAUUUUAUAAUUGUUACCAGCCUAGCCAACGGCGGCGUUCAUCCACUGGAGUAACAGUGAAGCAUGUAGAUGAUGUAUCAGAGAAUGAAUGGAGGGAGAGAGUUUCUCCAGGAAAUGAACUACCUAAUCGUCAAGUCAAAAAUAUUUCUUCCCUCAUCUCCUCUUUUGUAGGCAAAACCUCACAGGCAGAGUUAAACAAAACUAGCGUAUCCUCCUGUGAUAAAGCUCCUGAUAAAAAUUCAAAGAGAAUUCUUACAUCAGGUUUCCAAAGCCUUAAGUCAAAGAUUAUCAAAGAGGAAUCUACUGCUGAUGUGACUCAGCUAGAUUUAAUUGUUAAACAACAAAUUCAGGCAUCAGCUACUACACAGAAAAUAAUUUUGCCCACAGUACAAACAAGUGCUCCAGUGGCUCACCCUUCAAUUCAAUCACAUACAGCUUCACAGAAACCUAGGCUUUCACGUCAGGCUACCAUGGUACAACAAGCAAGCCCACAAACUCAGCCCAGUGUCCCAGCACCUUUAAGAUCAAAAGAAUAUGCUAUUACACCUGGACCACCCGGACAACUUACAGCUAGAAAGCCAGUGGAUAAACCAGUGGAGAAACCAUCUGAACAGCAGGCAGGCUUGAUGAACUUUUUGAAGUCUGCAGUGGGAAUAGAAGAAUCCAUGCCAGAUCCUCAGAAAGGUUCUCAGACAAAUACCCAUGAGCAGAGCAAACCUGGCAGCACUGCUUCUUUACCAGGCAAUGUUCCUACAAAUAAAGAGGCUACAGGAGUGUCAAAUCUCUUUGGCUCAGUUAGCAGCCUAUUUAGUUCUGAACCAUCUCCACCACAGAAACCGCAAUUGAAACCUAGCGUUACAGAGAGUUCACUGACAUCAGUAUCUAGACCUAAGGGUAUACAGAGACAAAAAACAAUGGACCAAAGUGGUACCUUACGGCCCGCACAGAGCCAAACUCCAAACAAAAGUACAUCCCAAGCAUUUUCUCCCAGUUCUUCCACCGUCCCUCCUACAAGCCGUUCAGAAACUGUGCCAGGUACAGAACAGACAAAACAUGAAGCAGGAACUAAACCAUCUGGUGGACUGUUUGGAUUUUCAAUUGGAGAAAUGAUGACAGGAUCAACAGCAGCUGCCCAAUCUAGACCCACAACUCAAUCAUCUGCAUCAGCUACAGCUCCACAAGGAGAAUCACUUGGUAAAAGUAUAUUGUCAAUAUUUGGUGGACCAAAUCCUCCGCAGGCUGCACCUAAAACUGGGCCUCUGCCACAGACACAUUCACCAAGUGCAGCUCCACAACCUUCUCAACAGGAAUCCCUUGGUAGAAGUUUAUUAUCAAUGUUUGGAGGAUCAAGUCCUCCUGAGCCUCCGCCUCCCCCUCAAACCAAGCCUGUUGCUGAGGUACCACAACAGAGAACUGUUCCUCCAAAAGACCCCCCAAAUACAGGAUUCUUUUCAAUGUUUGGUGGUCCCAGCCCCCAACAGCAACCCCAAACAGGAUCUCUUUUAGGGGGAAUUCUCCCUGGGUCAUCAAAUUCAACUGAAAGCCCAAUGAAGGGACUGUUGUCAAUGUUCAGUGAUCCCAGUCCCCCACAACCUCAUCCACCAACAUCGUUAUCUCAACAAAGAGUGGCCCAAUCACACACUCAACUACAAGUGAAACCUCAGACACAACCUAAACAACAAACACAGCCCGAAGCACAAGGGCAGCCAGCUACGGUUCUUAGGGGAAUAUUCGGUGACCUAUCUGCCUCUAAUGAAAGUCCAAGAAAAGCUUUGUUCUCCACGUUUAGUGGCCCGAGUACUCCUCAAACAUUAGGAGCUGGGGGAAGUGAACAUGUAUCUACUCCCCCAGUGACUGCAGCACCCAAAGAACCUGCAAAGAGUAUACUUUCUGUUUUUAAUGAUAUUGUGUCACCUCCAACACAAACUCCAGUAAUUGUUACUGAUAUUAGAGAGCCACCAAUAGUGCAAGGUUCUUCCCAAAUGUCAUCUCUUUCCAGGAGCCAUUUGCCAGUGACAGCGGCUACCAGUGAAAUACCAAGUGAAGUGCAUGUUAGCCCAUCAACUGAAACUACUGUAGAUACUAUACAGCUUGCAUCCAUAAAGUCAAAUUCAGAAUGUGGCACUGUUGAAAAGGAAAUGAGCACAGAAGGUGCUCCCCAAGAUCCUGCUCCCUCAAAAGAACCACCAGCUUCUGGCUUUCUGUCUAUGUUCAGUGGAUCGGGCCCAAAUGCUUCAUCCUCACAAGCAGGAUUAAUUUCUGACAGUCCAGCUAAAGGGUUGCUUUCAUUGUUUUCUGGCCCCAGCACUGAACAUAGUGCUAGCCAGAUAGGUCAUACACACACUGGGUCUGCCCCUGAAUCAUCUGGCCCAAAUGACCAAUCAGCCAAGGGUUUAUUGUCUCUUUUUGGAGGUUCUUCUUCUCAGUCAUCUUCUCAGCCUGGAAAUUCUCUUUUAGGGUCAAUGUUUGGAGGCUCUUCACCCCAAACAACAGCUUCUCAAACAGGGGGGUCAUUAUUAGGUGGUUUAUUUGGGGGAUCUACUCCUCAGGCUGCUCCUCAAGUUGGCCCAGCUAAGAUUGGAGUAUCUGCUCAACAGACAGCAGGCCCUCAGGCAGGAGCAUCCUUACUCGGAGGGUUAUUUAGUGGAUCUGCUUCCCAGGCCACUGGAUCUCAGACUGCAGGGUCUAUUUUGGGUGUUUUUUUUGGAGGAUCAACAGCUUCAUCAGCAGCAACUCAGACUAGUGGGUCCUUUAGUGGAUUGUUUGGUGGGGCUGGUACCCAGACUUCAGUGCCACCAAACAGUAGCUCUAUAUUGGGAGGUAUUUCUGAAGCAUCAGCUUCUCAAACAGCUCCGGCAGGGACUGAUACAUCUCUUCUGGGUUUUAUUUUACCUGGAGCUUCAGCUUCUAAUGAGACACCUGAUAAAGGUGUGCCUGGUAUGCUCAGAGGCUCUGUUCCACCUGCAACACCUACUACAACAGCUAUCCCAAAAUCCAAUGAUGCCAAGAAAACUUCAACUACUGACAUAACCCACAGUUAUUCAGAUGUUCUACCAAAAUCUAGUGAUGAAGCUAAAACUGCUCCAGCUCUUACUGGUCCUGAAAUGUCUUUACUUGAUCCUGCUUUCAAAAGCAAAGAGGAGCCAGGAACACUACAGCGGCCUGACAGUACAGUGCAAUGUCUUGAGACAAGUCUACCCAAAACUGAUGCCAAUGUCACAGACGUUGAUUGCCAAAAUGCUAACAAGCCAACAAGCCAAGCAAAUAAUCUUCAUUCUAAAGAAUUUGAUAUAUGUGCAGAAGCACAACAACCUGCAAGAAAAGACCUUGUAAGUGGCCAGCCAAUUCUAGAUACAAUACAAACUAAACUAGAAGAGGAAACACCAGCCUUACAGUCAGCCAGUACUAAAGUCCAAGGACAACAAAAGCCUCCAGAGCCAGAUAAAUCUCUUGGUGACUCAGCAGCAGAUGCAGUUACAGGCUUUAUGUCCUCCCUUUUCAAACCAACAGUUCCUCCCGCUGACGGUCCUCAGCAACAGCAGAGUGCUACUGGUCAGAGUGGAGCAUCACUAUUAGGGGGCAUUUUUGGAGGCUCCAACACUGAGUCAGCAGCCCCCCAGAUUGGGGAAUCUUUAUUAGGAGGUUUAUUUAAGGGCUCUGCUCCUCAGUCUGGUCCUCAAACCACAGCCCCCACCACUGGAGGGUCAUUGUUAGGUGGUAUGUUUGGAGGAGGAUUAGCUGCCAAGUCUGUAGGUCCCCAGACUGGUGGAUCGAUACUUGGUGGGAUGUUUGGAGGAUCUGCAUGUACAGCACAGCCUGGUGGUUCUUUACUUGGAGGAAUGUUUGGAGGAGUCACUGCUCAUACUGCAGGAUCACAGACUGGAGCAUCAAUACUUGGGGGUAUAGGCGGAUCUUUUUUUGGGGGUAUGGGACAACCACCUAAGCCAUCUGAAACAAUGCCAGCUGGGCCCAAGCCAAUGCAUGGCACUACUCCACAGUCACAGAUUAAGAAUGGAAGUGUGUCACCAAAAGUGUCUCCAUCUGGCACUUGGACUAGCUCAGAUAAAACAAUAGAGUCAACCUUACAUAACAUGCAAGUUGAAUCUGGUAGCCUAACAAAUAGUAGUGCAAUGACAUUUGACACAGUUUGUAUAGACACCUCUGCUCUCUCAAGUACUUCAAUGAACAUUGCAUGUGAUCCCAUCCAUCAGUUAGAAAACACUGAAAAAAAUAAACCAGCUUUUGAUGGAGAGAUUAUACAUCAGAAUUCCAUGGUCAUUAUAGGAGACCCUGAAAUUAAAGGAAGUGACAAAUCAGUCCCACCUCAAACCCAAGAAGUAGAGAAUCAAAUAGCUCAUGCAUUUAAUCAGUUGCCCAACGAAGAGCCACCUCAAGCGAAGUCUAUGUUUGGUUUUAUAUCAACACAAAGUGAUGCAGGGAAAUCUCUCGGAUCCCUUUUUUCAUCAACUACAUCAUCAGAUGCUCCAACAAUGCCUCAAACAGAAAGAGUGAGUGGUCUGUUCACAGGAAUAAAAGCCUUUUCUGGAGGCUUAUUUCAAGAGGAAAAAGCUGUUGCCGGAAAACGAGACUCACCCUCCCCUUCAUUAUUUGGAACAAAAAUAGGUUUUCCUUGGCAGGCAGAGCCACCCAAGCCACAAGAUGUCCCAGUUGUAACAUCUCAACCCAAAACUAACAAGCUGACAAGUGGUCAAACACAUGCUGUACAAAAGUUUGCAACAUCUGAUGCCCAAAAAACUGAAUCGGUAGGUUCCACAGAUGAAAUAACAAACCCCCAGAUAUGCAUAUCCAGUCCUGAAGUAGAUCCUCCAGCCUCCCUGUCCCCAAAGGAGAAGGAAGGGCUUGUAGAAACAUACCCCUCUGCAGGUCCUACCUCUGGAGUGCAGCUGGACAACCAGUGCAAGAAGGAUCUAUUGAAUACCAAAAGUCCAGUGGAAAGUAGUCGCUUUGGGUCAUCAGGCAACCUGAGCCAGACCAGCUCCCAGCUUAGUGAGACUGGCCAGGAGAGUACUGGAGGUUCAGAACUAGAGGAGUCUUUCCACUCCUACCACAGUACCAGCAUUCACCCCUACACCAAUGGGCAACUACGCACCACUGAACAUCCUCCUACCAAUGGACACUCUUCUGUCGGUGAGCAGGAGAAACAUAGGCUGUCCCCUAAAGUAGAAGAAGGCCUGAAAAAUGACACUCCAGCAGAGCGAGGGUCCACCAAACUCUUAAGGUUCCGUGAGGAUGGGCCACCAUUACCCUUCUCCCCAUCCAGAGUUCGUUGGUUAAAGGCCAUCAAUAAAGUUAGGGUUCAGCUCCGGGAGGUUCGAGAUGAAGAUCCCAACGUUAGACAAGCCUGGGUCCAACCAGACGGCGGAUCUGGUCUGUAUGGAAUUGACAGCAUGCCAGACCUGCGUAAAAAGAAACCUAUCCCCUUGGUCAGCGAUGUGGCUAUGUCUCUUGUCCAAGCCAGGAAGGCGGGGAUUGCAUCUGCCAUGGCUGCACGGUCCUCAGUCAAAGAUGAGGAGCUGAAAAUCCAUGUGUACAAAAAGACACUGCAGGCUCUCAUCUACCCCAUAUCCUGCACCACGCCACAUAACUUUGAGGUGUGGACUGCCACUACACCCACAUACUGCUAUGAGUGUGAGGGGCUGCUGUGGGGAAUAGCCCGCCAAGGCAUGCGAUGCUCUGAGUGUGGGGUCAAGUGCCAUGAGAAGUGCCAAGAGCUGCUGAAUGCUGACUGUCUACAGCGUGCUGCAGAGAAGAGUUCUAAGCAUGGAGCUGAAGACCGGACCCAGAACAUUAUCAUGGCCAUGAAGGACAGAAUGAAGAUCAGGGAAAGGAACAAACCAGAAAUCUUUGAACUCAUCAGGGAAGUGUUUGUCAUCAGCAAAGCCAUCCACGCGCAGCAGAUGAAGACCAUCAAGCAGAGUGUACUCGACGGCACCUCAAAGUGGUCGGCCAAGAUCACCAUCACAGUUGUUUGUGCCCAAGGGCUUCAGGCAAAGGACAAGACAGGCUCCAGUGAUCCAUAUGUCACUGUUCAGGUGGGCAAGACCAAGAAGAGAACCAAGACCAUUUAUGGCAACCUCAAUCCUGUCUGGGAGGAGAAGUUCCACUUCGAGUGCCACAAUUCCUCAGACCGAAUUAAAGUGCGCGUGUGGGACGAGGAUGAUGACAUCAAGUCGAGGGUUAAGCAGCGUCUGAAGAGGGAGUCUGAUGAUUUCCUCGGCCAGAGUAUAAUCGAAGUUCGAACGCUGAGCGGCGAAAUGGACGUCUGGUACAACCUGGAGAAGAGGACGGACAAGUCCGCUGUGUCAGGUGCCAUUCGCCUCCAAAUCAGUGUGGAGAUCAAAGGAGAGGAGAAAGUGGCUCCGUAUCACGUCCAGUACACCUCUUUGCAUGAGAAUCUGUUCCACUACUCGACGGAUGUGCUUGGCCAAGGUGCGGUGAAAAUCCCAGAAGCUCGUGGAGACGAUGCCUGGAAAGUCUACUUUGACGAUGUGGCCCAGGAAAUAGUGGACGAGUUUGCCAUGCGCUAUGGGAUUGAGUCAAUCUACCAAGCCAUGACGUGAGUCUGGGCUAUGACAGACGACAUAUACAU